CUUGAUUUCCCUUUGACCAUGUCCGCCGUUCUGCGGAGAGCUGCUGGCGUCAGUCGCAUAACCACUAUCUCCCGUUCCUUCUCCUCCUCUGUCGUUGCUCGCAAAGACAUCGUGCAAGACUUGUAUCUUAAGGAGAUAAAACUCUACAAGGCGCCUAUUGCCGCCAAAGAUGCCCAUGUGGGUGUUGUAAAAGCGUACACAUUACCACCGACCCCCAAAGCUCCUGCCCUCCCGACUGACCUUGCGUCUGAACUGUCCGAAUACGACUCCAGCGAACCCGCAACUUCUACCGCCGACAUCAAGGCGUCGGCGCCCAUCUCGGACGGUGGCGCAGAGGCCUUUUUAGAGGUUUUGGAAGCAGACGUACAUGACGAGCAUCAUUAG